CUCUCUUUCCCAACCACGUCUUUUCCCCCCACCACCCUACAUUUAUGCUCAACUCCACCUUCCCACCUUCCUUUCUCUCCAUUCUUUUCCCAAACUGACACCACUCCUUUAAUUAACUCUCUAUUAUUAUCAUCAUCAUUUUCCACCCUGCCAUGAAUGCCUCACCCGCGGCCGCCGCAGCUGCUGCCAUUACAACAACAGAAACCACCCCCGUCACUCUUCCGUUGAAGCGCAAGAAGGCCAGUCACCACACCAGCGACGGUCAGUACCCAAUGGGCGCGACUCCGGCAGCGGCGGCGGCGGCCGCAUUCAUGACGUGGAGGGUGGCGGACGCGAAGAAUGUGGUACGGCAUCACUGGCUGCCGGUGAUUCUGGGCGGCGCCCUCUUGUUCUUCAUGUGGGUGGAGUACACCCUCAGCAUGGUCCCCACGUCGUCGCCGCCGUUUGACUUGGGGUUCGUGGCGACGCGUCGUCUCCACCGCCUGCUUUCCUCGUCGCCGGAGCUCAACAACUUGCUCGCCGCUCUUAAUACGGUAUUCGUGGGAAUGCAAGCGAGCUACAUAUUCUGGACGUUUCUGGUGGAAGGAAGGGCCAGACCCACCAUCGCUGCGCUCUUCAUGUUCACUUGCCGCGGCAUUCUUGGCUACACCACUCAGCUCCCUCUCCCCGAGGGAUACUUAGGGUCCGGGGUGGACUUCCCCGUAGGGAACGUGUCCUUCUUCCUCUUCUACUCGGGGCACGUGGCCGGAUCGGUGAUCGCGUCGCAAGACAUGAGGAGAAUGCAGAGGUACGGGCUAGCGUGGGCGUACGACAUUCUCAACGUGUUGCAGGUGGUCAGGCUCCUGGGGUCGAGGGGUCACUACACCAUCGAUCUGGCAGCCGGUUAUGCCGCGGGUCUGCUGUUCGACUCGCUGGCUGGCCGAUACGAGGAGACCAUGAUCAUUGCCGCCGGCAAGAAGACUUCGAAACAACACAAUGGCGUUCCUCCUCCUGUUGUUGUUGGUAAUGGUAAUUCUUCUUCAUCUGCUAGGAAGUUGCGGAAGAAGUAGUGGUGAUGGUAAAUUCUGGUUGUAGAUUUGGAAUGGACGCAAGUGUCUUUGUGGACGUAUGUAUGUAUGUUGCAAGAGCCGUCGAGGUUGUAGCUGUAGCUGUAGGUGGAGCUUGAGUCUUAAGUAUAGCAUUAACAACAAAGUAACUUUCCGUGCUUUUGAUUCUUCUGCUCCAAUUUUUCUUUUCCUGCUUUGUUUCGAGAACAUGGGUCUUAUUUAGUAGUUGGCAAAAUACACUUUUAUAGCCAUAACUAUUCGCGUUGUGACAAAUAUGGUCACUUUUUGAAAAAUGCACUCGUAUAGCCAAAAAUUAAAAGUUUGUAAAACUUUAAUGUCAACUAUAG